AUGUCCUCACUGGCGAAGUUAACCGUCCGGAAUUUUGCCCGAACUUUCACUCGGUCGUACUCUGCACCAACAGAGGGGUCAAUUCCUCAUGCGAAGCAGAAAUAUGUGCCCAGCUCAGGUACCUAUCCCAAAGGAUUCUCUGUCUCCGGUGUGCACGUUGGCGUCAAACCCUCCAACAAGUCUAAACCUGACAUUGCGUUUAUAACGUCGGACCGACCAGCCAACGGUGCUGCUGUGUUCACCACCAACAAGUUCCAAGCUGCUCCCGUCCAAGUCUCGCGAAAAGUCCUCGAAUCUCGCAAUGGUGCUGGUAUCCGAAGUGUCAUCAUCAAUUCCGGUUGCGCCAAUGCAGUCACUGGCAAUGGCGGUGUCGAAGACGCCAACAAGAUGGCCGAGGCCGCCACAGCGGUACUUGGCGAGACUGACGCUUCGCCCAGUAGCCUUGUCAUGUCCACUGGAGUAAUAGGCCAACGGCUCCCCAUCGACAAGAUUCUCGCCGGCAUUCCGAAGGCCAAUUCUGCGCUUGACUCAAGUCACCAAGCGUGGAUGAACACUGCUCGUGCCAUCAUGACCACGGACACAUUCCCAAAGCUCGCCUCUACGACCUUCACUCUUCCCUCCGACGCCAGCACUACCUACUCCCUUGCUGGCAUGUCCAAAGGCGCCGGCAUGAUCCACCCCAACAUGGCCACCCUCCUCGGUAUUCUCGCGACCGAUGCUCCGAUCGCAGCCCCGGCCCUACACUCGCUUCUUACCAGCGCCGUCGGCAGAUCCUUCAAUUCCAUCUCCAUCGACGGCGACACUUCCACCAACGACACGGUUGCCAUCCUGGCCAAUGGUGCUGGCGCCCCCUCUUCUGUCAAGCCCAUUUCGGACCCCGCCUCUGCCGACUACGCCGCUUUUGCUGCCACACUUACAUCAUUCGCGCAGCACCUAGCACAGCUCGUUGUUCGUGACGGCGAGGGCGCCACUAAAUUCGUGCAGCUCUCCGUGCGCAACGCCUCUUCAUACGACGACGCACACAAGAUCGCGAGCUCUAUUGCACGCUCACCCCUAGUCAAGACAGCAUUGUAUGGCAAGGAUGCGAACUGGGGCCGAAUCUUGUGCGCGAUUGGUUACACGGCGGGGAUCUCAGAUGGGGCAGUUGUGCCGGAGAAAACGAAUGUGAGCUUCGUGCCCACGGCCAAUAGUGCGACCAAGGACCAAGGGGUGCUGAAGCUCUUGGUGGAUGGCGAGCCGCAGACGGUGGACGAGGCGCGCGCGGCGAGGCUCCUAGAGGAUGAGGAUUUGGAAGUUGUCAUCGAUCUGGGAACAGGCUCGGAAGAGGCAACGGUGUGGACAUGUGACUUUAGCCACGAGUAUGUCACAAUCAAUGGGGACUAUCGGACGUAG